GAGGCGUGGACAUAACGGUUCACACGACCCGGGGUAUUUUAGCAUGGGGUUCAAGAGGGAAAAAAAAUCUGGGAUUCAAAAAGAUAUACAGACUCGUCCAUGAGGGAAAAGUUCUGCACACAGACGACUUGCUUGUGAUCUGAGUUUCAGGUUAGAAGGAAAUCAGGAGGAACCUUUUGGGACUAAAUAUUUACUAUGGUCCUGGUGGAGGAUCUUCUGAUCUUUAUGUUAUGGCCCAUCAGCAGUUUAUGUCAUGGGUUUGCUCUCUUUAAACCAUCGCCAAAUGACCACUGGAGCAGCUGUCCUACAGACAAAAUGUGCAAAACUAAGUUUGGGAAUGGUGUGUGUGAUGCGGAAUGCUCCGGCUCCCAGUGCCUGAAAGACGGUUUCGACUGCGUUAAACCCAGAGAGGCUUGCAACUCCCGUUACAUUCAGUACUGCCUUAACCACUUCGACAACACUAACUGUGAUAUGGGCUGCAACACUGCCCCCUGUGGUUGGGACGGAUUAGACUGUAUAAAAAACUUUAAAAAACAGCGACCCAAUUGGGCCAAAGGAUCUCUGAUAGUGCAUACAGCGAUUCCUUUCCAGAAAAUGCCAUUAGAGAACAGUUCAUUACUUUGGGCUCUUAGCGUCCUGCUCCAGACCAGCGUCAAACUGAGAGGGGUGGUGCCUCUUAAGCCCAGUGAUGAUUUCUUUGCUAUGGAUGCUGAUCAGCUGAUAGAGCUGCACCAACAAGUACCUAACUACAAGAGCAACAGGUCAUUACUGUUCCUACAAGUGGAUAACAGGCCAUGCUCCGAGUUAUCUCACACUUGUUUCCCCUAUGCAUCCGAGGCAGCUGAUUUCCUGAAUGUCUUGAUGAUAUUGGGCCAAGCCCCAUCCUACGUCGCACCAUAUAUCCACAUGCUCAUUAGCAUCCGGGGCAUCAAUAAGGAGAUCACACUGACAGAGCCUCCCACCCAGGAUGGUUCUCCUCCAUGGCUGUGGCCCGUGGUUGGUAUUGCAGUGGGCAUCGGGGUAUCGCUGGCUGUUGUGGCACUGGCCAUGAUGGUAUGGUUCUGGAGAAGACGGCAGAGGAGAGAACGAGGAGACAGAGUGCAUCAUAGGUCUACUGCAACUGGAAACAAUGAUGAGAGUGAAGUCUGGACACAGCGCUCCGCUGAGCAGAACAAAAGGAACGGAAGGAUAGCAAGGGAGAAGGACAGAAAUGGUGUAAAGAAAAAGAAGAAGAAAGGGAAGGACUUAGGAAAGAAGCGUAGGGAACCCCUCGGAGAGGAUGCCAUUCGGAUGAGGCCUCUUAAAAAGACCUUGGACAUUGGCAGUGACACGGACGUGACCCAGAGCUCAAUGGAGGACAUCAGCAGGACAAUCUGUGACCACAGAUCUCCAGAUCAGAAACAUUUCAACAACAGUCACCAGCAAGUCCCUAUAAGUCCGCCUAGACGGUGGGACAGGAACUCCAUUGCUACACAUAUGAGGACGCCAAGCAAUUCAACCCCAGUGCAGUGGUGUGGACCUGAUGGUUCUGUGGUUCUGAUCCGAGCUGUGAGAAGUGGCCUUGAUCGAGUGGUGCUGGAACUGCUCAGAGCUGGAGUGCCGGUCAAUAACACCGACCACACCGGGAGAUCCGCCCUGCACUGGGCAUGCUCAGUGAACCACCUUUCAUUAGCAAGGACGCUGAUACGUUAUGGUGCUGCUGUGGACAUGCAGGACCAUAAGGGUGAGACGGCUCUGUUUCUUUCUGCUCUCCACGGCUGCUAUGAUACCGCCAGAUUCCUACUUCUAAAUGGUGCCAAUCAAGAACUGAUGGACCGCAGGGGGCGUCGGCCAAUAGAUGUGGCCCAGGAAGGAUACCAUCAUCAGAUCUUUGAGCUUUUAUUAGGCUACAGGGUUCACCAGAGCCCGUUACCUGUGGCCCCAGCUACCGAGGUGCUUUGGGAUGAUCGCACUUACAUGUAUUCCCCGUGGGCGGCAUCGCCCCCAUGUCUGCCAGGAAGAAGUGCCUCCUUUUCUGGGGUUGUUGGACCGAGGGACCUGUCUUCACCCCAGCCCAGUGACUGGCAAUAUGUUCAGGCCCAAAGCUGGCGGCCAAUGACAACCCAUUCCACGACGGCACUGGUCAGCCCCAGGGUUCUCAGUCGGACAUCCCGUCCAAUCAGCACACUCCAGGAAGUGACCUCAGAAGCUGAAGAAGAAGAAAGAGAAGCAGCUCACCAAGUCCACAGAGCAAUGACACCCAACAUCCUGUGUCCUCAGCCGGCACCCCGGCAGCGUUCGUUCUCCUGCACUCAGCCAGCUCUCCAGCGUCGCUUCAGUGCCAACCAACCAGAGCCGGUUGUCAAUGUCCUACCUGAAACACUACCUAAUGAGCAAGUGGAAAUAGUGGUUGUGCCCCAUCCUAAGCCAAGUACCAGCCAAUCAGAGAGCAGAAGUGCAGGGAUGGAGUGUAACACAGACUCUGGGAGAGAGAGGAAGAAGAGUAACAAGUCCAAAUCUCAAAGCGAGGUGGUUAAUACUGAGGCCAUGUCAGUACAGACUGUUAUGUGAUCGUGAUGGAUUUUUAUGACACUCUGUAUUGCAAGAAGUUCCAAAAGUCUAAUUCCACUGCCAAGCACUUUUCACUAAUACAUGUAUAUAUAUACGAGGUGGUAUCAAAAGGUUUCAAGACUUCAUUUAUCUGCAUUUACAUGCUAUUACCUUCAAAAUAGUCCCAUUGCAGCAAUAUAGUGCUCCCAGCAUGCCUGACACUUCUGCAAUGUGUCCUGGAAGUCUUUUGUUUAAACCUUCUGCAAUUCACGCUGGAUCUCCUCAACGGCGUCAAAACAGCGACCUUUAAGUUGAAUCUUCAUCUUCGAGAUGAAGUCCACAGGGGCCAAAUCCAGUGAGUAGGACCAUGUGGAUUGUUCUCCGACAAUCAUUAUGCAGAAGUUGCUGAAGGGUUUAGACAUUUCCGGGGGUCGAGCUCGUGUUCCUGAUCUCUCGUCGCCCUCCAGUGAUGUUCUUCUGGCGUGUGCAGAACAGCACCAGUUAGUCUUGAAACCUUUAGAUACCACCUCGUAUAGAAAGCAAAUAUACAUUAUAUGGACAUUAAAUUAAUUUUACAGCCAUUUGUGGUUCUUUCCCGAACUGUUGCUACAAAGUUUUGGGCACACAAUUGUAUAUGACGUCUUGGGUUGGUGUAGCAUAAAAUUUAUCCUCCACUUGAACUAGGAGAUCCUAACCUGUUUCAGCAUCACAAUGCACCUGUGCACAUAUCCAGCUCCUUGAAGAUAUGCUUUACACGGAUUGGCGUGGAAGAUCUCCUGCUAUAAGUCUUCACAGGCACACUCUGAAAUCUAGUGGAACAUUAAAUGGGGACUCAAUGUAGAAUGUGACGUUUAAAAAGUACAUAUGAAUCUUGUGGUCACAUGUCCAUAUAUUGUAUGCUGAUCUAAUAUCAAGUUUGUGGAUGGGGUUAUUUUUAGUGUUAUUACUAUUGCUUUUUAUUAUACGUAAGAAAUAAUGUAAUAUAAUUGUACAAACCAAUGGACUGGUAGUGGAUUUAGGCUUUUGGCCCCAGCUGUAUGUAUUAUUGUAUAAAUAAAAUGACGUAUUGCCCUGUCUUUUUUUUUAACCUGUAUAAAACUUACAUUUGUAAAAUAAACCUGUUUGUUUAAUAGUCUUAAAAACUUUUUAUCAUCUCAUGAAGUCAACUGUCGGAUGUUCAGUCGAAGUAGUCUUGACCUUUAUGAUGUCAUACUACAAUUUAGGGCUUGUGAUAUUUCUUAUUAGAAAACACUGGAUAGUUUACAUAUAUGAAAUUGAAUCUUUAUCACUGUAAAAUUAUAUAAACAGUGCAUUCAGAAAAUAUUCAGACCCUCGUGCGAAUUCUAGAAAUGUCUAAGUGAUGAACAAUCUUAGUCGAUCAGCUGAUGACAUCAUAAUAAUGUUUGUGUUCCAGCUAGUCAUGCUAUUGUAAAAUGAGGUCAUAAUACAAUUUGGGUCAUGUGAUACAGUUUAAUACUUGGAUAUUUCUUUUACUGCAAUAUUAUACUCUUAAUAGAUGUUUAAUAUGAUGCUGAAUCUUCAUCACUAAAAAUAAUAUAAAAUAAAUGAAUAAAGAGUAAAGCUAGUGAUAUACAGGUGAUAUGUAAUUUGUUAAUUUAAUAAAUUACAGUACACAAUUAAGCAAAACAGUGCAAUUUACUGUACCGUAUUGUAUAAACUACACAGUAUAAUCUGAUGGUCUUGUAGCCCAUUUCAGGCUUGUGCAGGUCUACAAUUUUGCCCUUGACAUCCUUUGACAGCUCUUUGGUCUUUCCAAUGGUGGUGGAGAGGUUUGAAUAGAAGAUAUGCAGAUAUGCAUAGUCAUGGUUUUGUAUUUAAAAAAAAUAAAAAAUAAAAAUACAGGACACAGAACACAUCUCGGCCCAAUCGACUACAUCUGGUGCGCCAAAAGGGUCAAAUGGUAUUAAUAAUCGCCCCUGGCCCGGGACUUCACGGUGAAAUGAAAAGCUGCGGUUGAAUGUGUACACAGACAGUCUUUAUUGUAAAAGAGGUAGAGAAUACAGGUGUUUCACUGUACAGAGAAAGACAGCACUGUGGAUAUACGCAUUCAAACCGUAAAUAAAGACGGCAAAACGCACCCCGUUCUGG